GGGACCCCGCUGCCCUCGACCCGCCCACAUCUCUCCCAUUCUCCACCAUGCCCCAGACCUACCUCGCCCAACUCAAUCACUUUGCUGACUUCCUGCUCGCAUACACGCACACGCUGCUCUGCCUGCGCGGCCUUUACCCUCGAACGUCCUUUGUACGCGCCCGCUUCCAUAACACCCCGGUCUUCCAGUCGCGUCACCCCUCCGUCUGCCAAUGGGUUCGCGACGCGAUUGCUGCGGUCCACACCGAGCUGCUGGCCGGCACCGUGGCCCGCAUAGGCAUAGUCAUAUACUGGUAUGGAGGGGUUGAGCAGGGCGGAAGUGCGAAGAUACUCGAGAGAUUCAUGCUGGACGUCUCACGCUUUCCCGUAGUCGACAAAGAGGAGCGGAAUAUGCAGAUUGACUGGGCGAAGAGCGCGACACCGGGGUUUUCUGACGAGGAGGGAGGGAACCGGACGGCGGAGUCCAAGGGGAAGAGAAAAGCGUUGGCUUCGGACGCAGAGUGGGAGACAAACGCAGGAGCCAACGCGGACGCUGGCGCGCGGGCUGAGCUCGAGGCGGACGUGGACAUGUCGGAACAGUUUCGCGCUGCAUUGGUUAUGCUAAACAGUCGCUGUUCGCGGCUCAAACCGCUCCCCAAGAAUUGCUCCUUCAACGUCUGCAUGGAGCUAAAGGAUGAAGCGGAGAUUGAUCCGCCAAUAGGCCAUCCCCAGCCUUGGAUCCCGGCACAGAGUAGCUUGCAGAAGACGGGAAGGAAGGGUGCGGAGGUGGAUGAGCAGACCAAAGUUAGGAGGGAGACCGAGGGGCACGAUCUUGGAGGGGCCAAAGUCACGCCAAUACGGACAGUGGAGGCGGGUGUGCUCAGAUUUGAGACAUGGAUCGAAGAAGGGAAAGCAAAGUUUGAGCUCGAUACCAUGCCUUCAAGUGGCUCCACCGGAGAUGGGUAGCUUCAUCGGCGAAGUGUGACACCAUAGUAUAUAGGUUAAUUCACAGGGAGACCAUCCCAUGAAACGGGCCUGUAAGCCGGAGGGUGUAUC